CGGGGCGGGCACAGCGGGGCGGCCGCCUCCCCAUCCCCGCCUGCGGGCGGGAGCGGGGCCGGGCAGGUGCGGAGCGCUGGGACGGGGACCGCUCCGUGCCCCCCGCCGCCAGCAUGAAGGUCGAGUUUGCCCCCAUCAACGUGCCCCUAAAGAGGAGGAUCCAGACAGUGGCCGUGCUGCAGUGGAUCUUCUCCUUCCUCCUGCUGGCAGAGUUUUGCUGUGGAUUCUUCGUGAUCCUGAUCCUGGGCAAGUUCUGGUUUCUUGCUGUUCUGUACCUGCUGUGGCUCUACUUCGAUUGGGAUACACCAUGCAUGGGGGGAAGACGGUCCCAGUGGGUCAGAAGCUGGACUGUUUGGAAGUACUUUAGGGAAUACUUUCCCAUUCACCUUAUAAAAACUUCAGAUCUGAAUCCAAAUCACAACUACUUAUUUGGCUUUCACCCUCAUGGGGUCCUGGUAGCUGGAGCCUUUGGAAACUUUUGCACCGGUCCAAGUUUCAAAAAUUUAUUUCCUGGGCUUACUCCCUAUCUUCAUAUCAUGCCCAUCUGGUUCAGCUGUCCCUUCUUCAGAGAAUACGUAAUGAGUGCUGGAAUGGUUUCUGCAUCCAAGGAGAGUGUCUCGUAUGUGCUGAAUAAUGAAGGAGGUGGCCACGCGUCCGUCAUUGUGAUUGGAGGAGCAGAGGAAUCUCUGAAUGCACAUCCUGGCAGUUUAACUUUGAAUAUCCUCAAGAGGAAGGGCUUUAUUAAAAUGGCCUUGAAACAUGGAGCUCAUCUGGUCCCCGUGUUUUCCUUUGGUGAAAAUGAACUAUUCAAGCAAGUUGCAAACCCCAAAGGUUCAUGGCUCAGAAACGUACAGGAGAAGUUGCAAAAGAUAAUGGGAUUCGCUUUACCGCUAUUUCAUGCUAGAGGAGUAUUUCAAUACAGCUUUGGCUUAAUACCUUACAGGCAACCUAUUCACACUGUUGUGGGAAGCCCCAUCCCUGUAAAGCGGAACUUGAACCCCACCACUGAAGAGAUUGACCAACUACAUGCAUUGUAUCUACAGAAACUAAGACAAUUAUUUGAAGAACACAAAAGAAAUUAUGGGAUCCCUGAGCAUAAAUCUCUUAUCUUCGAGUAGCAAACUACAAUUUAUAAUUCCAAAUCUCAUGGAAAAAAACAGUGUAUACUGAAAGAUGUCUUUCUUGCAAUCUGUAUUGUGCAAUCUGUAAUUAUCCUUGUGUAAGGAAUAAUUUGAAGAAGGGAUCAUUAGAUGAUUUAUUGAUUUUUAUCUGCUGUUGGGAAAAAAAAAUCCUUAGGGUGUGAGCCUCGAAGCCAGUGUUUGGAGUUGUCCUUUUGGGUUCAUCCGUACUAGAAAUGCUAAUGAGAGACUCCACAGAGAUGUUCUUGCCACUAUGGUCCCUAACCAUAGCUUGAGCAGAGGAAAUUGCCCCAACAUGAGAUGAUGAGCAGGAAAAGUAUAAACCUGAGAAGACUUUUAUUAGAAGCUGAGACAUACCAGCAUGUAUCAAAGAUGACAUCAGCUUGUUCUCUGAAUAUCAGAAAACCCUGCUGCACUUCCAUGGAAAUGAAGGUGUAUAUUUUUAGUGUUAUAAGCCAUUUACAUGUGAAUUCAGGAAUAAAUAAGAGCAUUCUGCCCUGGACAAGGAUAUUGGCAGAAAUGGUUUGGCCAAGUUAUGGAGCAGAGCAAACCUUCGGAAGGGAACAGCGUGUUGUGUUUUCUCUGUCAUGUGUAUGCUGGGUGGUGGGAAUUGCUGAAUGAUGUGACUUUUUUGGACAAGCUCCACUUUGGACCAUCAAUUUAGAAGAUGAAGCAGCUUUGUUUGAUAGUUCUGGAGAAGGUGGCAGGCGCAGGACAGGAGAACUGGACAGAGGAAGCCAGUAGGGGAAUCAGGUGAACUUUAUAUCUGGUGCAAAUUGAAAAUGAUCAUAUGCCAAACACUUCCACAGGAGGAAGGGGAGUUGGGACUCUGGGGAAAGAGUUAAAACUGGAAAGAAAGGAUCUUAGCGAGAUAAAGGUGUUUGAAGAAAAGCGCGGAGAUAUCUCGACUCCUAAGGAGUGCAGUCCUAAUGAACCAAAGCUGAAUAAAUAUUUGCCGGACAGAGCAAAGGUUGCGUUGAUCUGAUGUGCUCAAAAAAGCCCUCCAGCAACAAGUUGGUUUCUUUAGGAGGGCUGUUCUUUCUAGUGCCCGUCUGCCAUUCCGAUGUGACUGGUACUGAGCCAGUGAAUCCUGCUCUCGCUUUCUCUAGGAUGGCAGAUGUCUUUUCUGGGAGCCAGGGCUGGAAUUUGUGAUGCGUGAAGAAGCAGCCGCCUCUUCCCUGACCGGCUGCUGUCAAUGUGCCCAGAAUUCACUUCUACUUUACUUGAGCCUUCUCAGCGCCACAUGUGUUUGCCCUUCUUUCCCACAAUUUUGCUGCCUGGUGAUCUCUGUGGUGUAGACGUGUUAAUUCUUCACUCUGUCUAUCUUUUCCUGGAUUAAGACCUCUGAAGGACUAUGUAUGCUUACAAAAUACUGAGCGGUGGCUUUUCAUUUGGCAGAAGAUGAUUUGAGGAGCAGGGCUUGAGGAAAGGAAACACUAUGACUGGGCAUGUUUGACACAAUGAGGAUUGUUUCACCUCUUGGAAGGGCUUGUGUCUAGGAAAGUCAAACAUGGCAAGUCUGAUACCUGGGAAGAGGUCUCCAGGUUCCCGAGGACUGUAGUAAGUGAUGAGUCCCAGGUAGUCAUUAUUGCUUUGCCAGCUGUGUGAAAUUCUCUUUGGAUUUGUUGUUUUGUUGCCUGCCCUGAGUAGUAGUGAUGAUUAUUCAUGAAAGAAGAAUUUGGAAUCUGUGUCGCACUAUUCUUUCCUCCAUCAUCUGCCCUAAUGAGAUAUUUCCUCUUGUUCCAUUACCUUAAUGAUAUAGAAGCUCAGGAUGUGAAUUUAAAAGCAUUAGUGUUGGGUUGAGGAUGGGCAGUAACAAAGGAUUGUUGUUGAUCGAAGUGGCCAAAACUUCUUGGAACUGCGUGGAUACUGAUUUUUGAGGCAAUAUCUGGUCCAGAGGGUACCCUACAAACAGGCUGACCUCUGAAUUGCAUGAGAAAAUUAUUGGUGGGCUCUGAAUACCAAUCCAAGUCGGCACUGGGACAUUUUCAUUGCUUUGUAGCACAGGAAGGUGGAGGAAAAAAAAAAAAGAAAAAAAGUCUCUAACUCCUUAAAUAUAUGUCGUUGCUCAGUAAUUACGCAGAUUGCUUGUGAUGGUCCUUCCAACCUACCUGUUAGUAACAAAUUCUCCAGUGCAUCCAGGCCUAUUUUGAAAUAGAACAUCGGCCUCUAAACCUGAUAGGCAUGGUGUCACCUGAAAUAUUUUCCCCUGUGUUGAUAUGUGGAUUUGUAACCGAGCCCCACAAUGCUGAGAUCAAAGGCCAGAGCUGUGGGAGCUGCAGACCUGUUGUGACUGGUGCAAGCCCCAACCCCACCAUUGCUGCGAGGAGACUUCUCAUCUUUGUCAGAGCGAGUACUAAUGUAGUCUUGAGCUGCAGCUUCUGCUUGGGAAAGCGAGAGCAAGCAGCGAGUGGGAAUGGUGACCCCGCUUUAUUCAGCUGUGCUCAGAAGAAUCCGGUGGUGCUCAGAUUCAUGGGGUGGCCACCUUUACUGGGGUCUGCUUGGUGGUAUUUCUGUUUGUGUCCGUUUGUGGUACGGGUAAUCCCAGGGGAGCUUGUCCUCUAUCAACAAGAUGGGUACUCCGCCUCUGUACCGUGCCAGCACUGCAUCCCCAACGUGCUCCAGGUGACAGUGCCUGCACAUCACUGCCAAAUGUCGUUUACAGAAAGUCGAUCCUCAUGGAUUUUUGCUUUGUAAACUACAAAGCGUGUUUUCCACUUUGUGACUUCUUAUGGUACCUGUAAAAUAUGAAUGUC